AUGUUAUCAUCCUCGGUGUAUUACAAAUGGAAAAGCUUCGAGGAAGAUGAGGAUCGACCAGAGAAGCCCCGUAGAUUUGGAGUUACAGAGAUGAGAGGUCCUCAGUACACUCUCUUAAGCCAGAACAUGCUUCAGGAUGUUUUCGAGACAAUGGGGCAGUUUGUUGAUGGACUGAAAUUUUCUGGAGGUUCUCAUAGUUUAAUGCCAAAGUCUUUUAUUAAAGAAGUGAUUGACAUGGCCCACGAACAUGAUGUGUAUGUUAGUACUGGGGAUUGGGCUGAGCAUUUGCUUCAUAAAGGUCCUUCGGCCUUCAAAGAGUACAUCGAGGAAUGUAAAAGUAUGGGGUUUGACACAAUUGAGUUGAAUGUGGGAUCUCUUGGUGUUCCUGAAGAGACACUUUUGAGAUACGUGCGCUUGAUUAAGAGUGGUGGUUUGAAAGCUAAGCCUCAAUUUGCAGUCAAGUUUAACAAGUCAGACAUUCCGACUGGUGGUCAUAGAGCAUUUGGGGCUUAUGUACACCCAGCACCUCGAAGCACUGAAAUGGUUGAAGAUGUUAAUCUCCUGAUUAAGAUGGCUGAGAGGUGCUUAGAGGCUGGGGCAGACAUGAUAAUGAUUGAUGCAGAUGACAUCUGCAGGGAUACUGAUUCUCUGAGAGCAGAUAUAGUUGCAAAGGUCAUUGGACGACUAGGUCUUGAGAAGACCAUGUUUGAAGCAUCAAAUGCUAAAACUGCUGAGUGGUUCAUUAAACGUUAUGGUCCAAAGGUGAACCUCUUUGUGGAUCAUUCUCAAGUCAUUGGUCUAGAGUGCCUCCGAGGCCACAACACGGGUAGAAGUCAUGCUUCUGCCUUUGGCUCCUCAUACUCUCUCUUCUGA